ACACAGAGAGGAGAAUAAAUAGGGAAAGAAGGAGAGCUUUGAGUUGGGUUUUGGGGGGUUCUUGAAAGAUAAAGUAACAAUGGCGGACAUGUUCAGUAACAGAGGGGCGCUUCGGGUUUCGAUGUGCGGCGCCGAACAAGAGAUUGAACAGUUGUCCAGAGACGGAAGCCAGUAUAGUCUCUCUACUGGGAUUCUACCUUCUCUUGGCGCAAGAAGUAACCGCAGAGUUAAGCUUCGCAGAUUCAUUAUAUCCCCUUAUGAUCGCCGCUACAGGGCAUGGGAGACUUUACUGGUUGUUCUGGUCCUCUAUACUGCAUGGGUGUCACCAUUCGAAUUUGGUUUCCUUCAAAAGCCGCAAAGAGAACUCUCCAUUGUUGACAAUGUUGUCAAUGGAUUCUUUGCUAUUGAUAUCAUUCUCACCUUCUUUGUAGCUUACCUUGACAGAACUACCUACCUUCUUGUUGAUAACCCAAAGCAGAUUGCUUUGAAGUAUGGAAGUACUUGGUUGGCAUUUGAUGUCAUUUCCACAAUCCCUUCUGAACUUGCUCGGAAGAUCGUUCCAUCCCAUGUCAUGUCAUAUGGCUUGUUCAACAUGCUUCGUCUCUGGCGUCUCCGUAGAGUUAGUGCCCUUUUUGCAAGAUUGGAGAAAGAUAGGCACUUCAACUACUUUUGGGUUCGAUGUGUGAAGCUCAUUUGUGUCACCCUGUUCGCAGUUCAUUGUGCCGGGUGCUUCUAUUAUCUUAUUGCUUCACGUUAUCAUAACCCGCAAAAGACAUGGUUUGGAGGGGACGACUUCCUUAAACAAAGCCUAUGGAUCCAAUAUGUUACAUCAAUGUAUUGGUCCAUCACUACUCUCACAACUGUUGGCUAUGGGGAUUUGCACCCUGUAAAUACAAGAGAGAUGACCUUUGACAUAUUCUACAUGCUCUUCAACCUUGGACUGACAUCAUAUCUGAUAGGAAAUAUGACCAACUUGGUCGUUCAUGGCACCAGUAGAACUAGAAAAUUUAGGGAUACCAUUCAAGCAGCCUCAAGUUUUGCACAGAGGAACCAAUUGCCUGUUCGACUGCAAGAUCAGAUGCUUGCACACUUAUGUUUGAAGUUCAGAACAGACUCAGAGGGUCUGCAGCAGCAAGAGUCUCUAGAUUCCCUUCCGAAAGCCAUCCGUUCAAGCAUCUCACAUUUUCUUUUCUACACUCUCGUAGAUAAGGUGUAUUUGUUUCAAGGGGUGUCCAAUGACUUGCUCUUCCAGCUGGUCUCAGAGAUGAAAGCUGAGUAUUUUCCACCCAAAGAAGAUGUCAUCUUGCAAAAUGAAGCACCCACAGACUUCUACAUACUUGUUACUGGAGCUGUGGAGCUGCUGGUUCUCAAAAACGGACUCGAACAGGCAAUUGGAGAGGCAAAAACUGGUGAUGUUUGUGGUGAGAUUGGGGUUCUCUGUUAUAGGCCUCAGCUCUUUACCGUGCGGACCAAACGAUUGAGCCAACUAUUGCGACUGAACCGGACUACAUUCUUGAAUAUUAUUCAGGCCAAUGUUGGAGAUGGAACAGUAAUCAUGAAUAAUCUUCUUCAGCAUUUGAAAGAUCUGAAGGAUCCAAUUAUGGAGGGAGUUCUGAUGGAGACAGAGAGAAUGCUAGCUCGUGGUAGAAUGGACCUACCUCUCAGUCUAUGCUUUGCAGCACUUAGAGGGGAUGACUUGUUGUUGCAUCAACUGUUGAGGCGUGGUCUGGAUCCAAAUGAAUCAGACAACAAUGGGAGGACAGCUCUGCACAUAGCAGCAUCCAAGGGAAAUGAGAACUGUGUUCUUCUUCUACUGGAUUAUGGAGCAGGCCCUAAUAGCUUAGAUUCAGAAGGAAAUGUACCUCUAUGGGAGGCCAUAUUGGCCAAUCAUGAACCAGUGAUUAAACUGCUGAUGGAUAAUGGUGCUAAAAUUUCUUCUGGCGACGUGGCUCAAUUUGCACGCACUGCUGCUGAGCAGAACAACUUGGGAUUGCUCAAGGAAAUUGUUCGUUAUGGAGGGGAUGUCACACGUCCCCAGAACAAUGGAUCCACAGCUCUCCAUGUAGCAGUUUGUGAGGGCAACAUUGAGAUGGUUAAAUUCCUUUUGGAAGAAGGAGCUGAUAUUGACAAACCAGACAAUGAUGGUUGGACCCCAAGAGCUCUAGCUGAUCAGCAAGGACAUGAAGAUAUAAAAGUUAUUUUCGAAUCCAUUAAAGAGGCCAAGACUCAAUCUGUUGUUGCAAUCCCUGAUGAGCAACGUGGACCUCGCUACCUUGGGAGAUUUAAAAGUGAGCCAACAAUCCGUGCUCCUUCCCGGGAAGGUGCAUUCCCAGUGGAAGACGGGUCAUGGGGACAACACCGCCAAAGGCGUAGGUCUAAUACCUUCAACAAUUCACUAUUUGGGAUCAUGUCAUCUGCCCGUGGCAGGGAAAAUGACUUACUUUUAUCUGUAAAUGAAACUAACUGUGCCCAGACUAACAGAGAUUACCCAGCCAGAGUGACCGUUAGUUGCCCAGAAAAGGGUGAUGUUAAAGGAAAGGUUGUGAUACUUCCUCAGACCUUCCAUGAGGUACUUGAGAUUGGUGUCAAAAAAUUCGGGUUCCUGCCGUCCAAAGUCCUAAGCAAAGAUGGAGCUGAAUUUGAUGCUAUAGAGCUGAUUAGAGAUGGUGAUCAUCUCAUUUUUGUUAGUGAUGGUGGAGUGGAAGAACCCAAUCACCAAACACUUGGGGAUUUGAGGUAGAAAUGGUGCCUAGGUGUCAUCUUUAUCCAUCAUCUUUUUCUUCUGCUAAGUUUCCUCAUGUUGAAACACAAAAUGAGGUUCUUCUGGGUUCGAUCUGCUACAAAAAACCUGUAACAGGUCGCCUAUUCUUUUGAAAAAUUGGUUGCUCAGAUUGUUCAUCCGUGAAGUGGCGCGAUGGUUGGUGGAAGAUGAAUACCAUACAAAUGAGCAUUUGAGAUGUGGCCUCGGAAAGAUAAUGUGCCUAUAAUAGCGAUCAACACUAACAAAGUUUAUUGUCUUAAUACUAAUUUCCCUAAUUUGAUCCAAGUACCUCUUGGUUUAUCUUCA